AUGAGGGGAAACAACUGGGAACUGUGCGACUUUAGCCAGAUCAGCGUUGGGAGCAACCAAACGGCCUCGGUGGGCGAGCUGGAAUCAGCGGGAAGCAUGGUUGAGCCUACCCAUCACAAGACCAAGGUUGUCACUGUUGGCAACGGGCGCCCGCCUCCCCCUCACAAGAGUUUCGACCUCGACGACCGUAGCGACGACCUCGUCCGGUCUUCUAAGCUGCGAUAUCGAGCGUUCAGCCUGUCGAAAGAACAAUGCCCGCUGAAACGAGCGUAA